AGAGCGACUGUGGACUGGACUGGCUCAGCAGACUCGUUUAAUCAAGGGAAUGCAGCCCUUAGCUUUUAGUCUAAGUGUAAACUAAAGUGGUCAAUGAUAGAGAUUCAUCCGAAUGCGAUGGGCUGGUGUGCAGGUGAGCCAACGUGAGAACAGGCUCCUUCACAGGAACCGCUUCGGUCCGUUCGCACAUGGGAACCGAGUCAGCCGACCUUAUCCGCAUUUUAACAGUUUGAAAACGGACUCCCGGACACAGAAGCAUGUCAAGAGACAGCAAGACAGCGGUACAAGGAGCCCAUUCACACAAUGCGAGCCCUGCUUCACCUAAGGAGAAUGGACAUACCGCACCGAGCCCCGCUCAGCCCAGCUCCAACUUUCCCCAUCCCUCAGCGGGGAACAUACCCGAUGACACCCCGGUGUCCUCGACCAGCGAACUGACCCAGACCUGGGUUCACUUUGCUAAAACGUUUGUUCUUAUUUUCCCUAUUUACGCCUUGGGCUAUUUUGAGUUUAGCUUCAGCUGGCUGUUGAUCGGACUUGUUAUAUUUUUCUGGUGGAGGAGAAACACAGGAGGGAAGCACAGCCGACUGAGCCGAGCUCUGGCUUUCUUUGAGCAAGAGGAGAGAAGUGUCAAGCAAAGUCUUACGACUUCUGAUUUACCACCGUGGGUGCAUUUCCCAGACGUGGAGCGAGUGGAGUGGCUAAACAAGACGGUGAAACAGAUGUGGCCCUUCAUCUGCCAGUUUGUGGAGAAACUGUUCCGCGAGACAAUCGAGCCAGCAGUGAAGGGGUCCAACGCCCACCUCAGCACCUUCUGCUUCAGCAAAAUCGACAUAGGAGACAAACCCCUGAGGGUCAACGGAGUCAAAGUUUAUUCAGAGAAUGUGGAUAAGCGACAGAUCAUCAUGGACCUGCAGAUCAGCUUUGUUGGCAACACAGAGAUUGACGUGGACAUUAAACGCUACUACUGCAAAGCUGGCAUUAAGAGCAUCCAGAUCCACGGCGUGUUGAGAGUGGUGAUGGAGCCGUUGCUGGGUGAUAUUCCUCUUGUUGGAGCUCUGUCUCUGUUCUUUCUCAAGAAGCCACUUCUGGACAUAAACUGGACCGGCCUCACCAAUCUACUGGACAUUCCAGGGCUCAAUGGCCUCUCUGACAGUCUGAUUCAAGACAUUAUCUACAGUUAUCUGGUUUUGCCCAACCGUGUGACCAUCCCACUGGUUGGGGAUGUGGAACUUGCCAAGCUACGCUUCCCAAUGCCAAAGGGAGUCCUGAGGAUCCACUUUCUGGAGGCUCAGGAUCUGGAAGGGAAGGAUAAAUUUCUGGGAGGGCUGAUCAAGGGAAAGUCUGACCCAUAUGGCAUCGUCCAGAUCGGCAACCAGCUGUUCCAGAGUAAAACAAUCAAGGAGUGCCUCAAUCCCAAGUGGAAUGAAGUUUACGAGGCCCUGGUGUAUGAGCACUCAGGCCAACAUCUUGAGAUUGAGGUGUUUGAUGAGGAUCCAGACAAAGAUGACUUCCUGGGAAGCCUCAUGAUCGAUAUGACUGAGCUGCACAAAGAACAGAAGGUUGAUGAGUGGUUUGACCUGGAAGAAACAUCUACUGGGAAGCUCCACUUAAAACUAGAGUGGCUGUCUCUGCUCUCCACUCCUGAGAAGUUGGACCAGGUGUUGCGAAGUGUGCGAGCAGACAGAAGCCUGGCCAAUGACGGACUGUCGUCAGCACUGCUGGUGGUCUACCUGGACUCAGCAAAGAACCUGCCAAGUGUCUUCACUGGCAGCUUAGGCUGUGGAAACUUAAGUCAGAGGAGAGCAUCUGGCCUAGUCUUUUGUGAGAGCAAUACUUCAGAGUAUAGAACAAUAUUUUCUGCAAAGAAGAGCAGCACCGAACCCAGUCCUUACGUCCAAUUCACUGUUGGGCACAAAACACUUGAGAGUAAGAUCCGGUACAAGACCAAGGAGCCUCUGUGGGAGGAUUGUUUCUCGUUCCUUGUUCACAAUCCCAGGAGGCAGGAGCUCGAAGUGGAGGUAAAAGAUGACAAGCACAAAUGCACUCUGGGUAACUUGACUGUGCCUUUGAGCAGCCUGUUGGUGGAGGAGGACAUGACGCUGACACAGUGCUUUCCGCUCAAGAACUCUGGACCCAGCUCCACCAUCAAACUUAAAAUGGCCCUGAGGAUCCUGUGCCUUGAGAAGCAGGUAUCCUCAGACCAGCCUUCCUCCGUCCAGGUCAGGAAAUCCAGCGUUACGCAGCCAGUCACAGCCCCCUCGCAGAGACUGUCAGCCUCAGAUUCCCCGCUGCCUCCACCCACACCUCCACCCCCUAUAGACGCUUCCACCCUCACCCUCCAACACAGGGACGGCGAGCCUUACUCAGCCAGCCCUCUUCGCAGUACCUCCAACCUGAGCACCUGUAUGUCUAAUUCCCAGAAACAUCUGCCUCAUAAGGAGUCCACACCCAGUCUGGCCUCAGAUAUCUCCCUGCCCUUUGCCACGCUGGAGCUUCAGCAAAGGCUUCGUCAGCUGCAGAAUGGCUUGGCCCCGGGCCAGUACCCCCUGGGUGAGGUCCAGCUGACUGUUCGACAUAGCUCCCAGAGGAACAAACUCAUUGUGGUGGUGCACGCAUGCCGUAACCUGAUAGCCUUCACCAAAGAUGGCUCAGAUCCCUUCAUCCGCCUCUAUUUGCUGCCUGACAAGAGUCGGACGGGGAGGAGGAAGACCAGCACAAUGAAGAGGACCCUUAACCCUGUUUAUGAUCAAACGUUUGAGUUUAGUGUAUCUAUGGUGGAGCUCCACAGGAGAACUCUGGAUGUAGCAGUGAAGAACGGAGGAAGCAUCCUGUCCAAACACAAAGGGCUGCUGGGAAAGGUUUUGGUAGAUUUAAGUGGGGAGGAUAUAUCAAGAGGAUGGACACAAUGGUAUGAUUUGAGUGAAGAUGGACUGUCAUCUCAAGGCAUAACAAGUACUCAAGACCCCCUCCUCACUUCGUGAAAUCACCUCUCUGCUGUAAUAUAGUGAUCUUGUUAAUCUAAGGGCACAUCAUUUUGUUGUUUUGGUGUAUAUUUUUCAUAUAGUUUACAGGAAUUCUUUCAGCAUGUAAGUAAGUUUUUCAAACAUUUCCUAAUAUUAUUUCAUCAAUGGUCAUGAUUGGAAGAUAUUUUAACAUAUUGUAAUGAAACACACUAACUGCCUUGUCUCUGUUUUCAAUGUUUUAUGUAAAUAUCAAGUUGCUAAUGCAGAGUUAUGAGAAUUUGCAGGGGUUUUCAUGGCAUUAUAUUUCCUUAAAGGAAAUGAUGUCAAAACUGUUAAUGCUUUCUGUCCAGUUUGUUGAAAUGAGACAAAUUCUGUUUUUGUCGUGUGAGAAAACUCUUACCAAAGGAACAGAUACAAUCACAAAGGUAGGCUUAAGUAGCAGUCUUGACUUUGAUAUUUUUUUUUUGUCAUGCGGUGUUAUUUGAUAGUUUACCACUUACUGUUCUUUAUGCUUGAUUACAAACAUGGAAUGCAUAUAUGCAAGGAAUAAAAUGAUUGCUCUGUAUAUUUUAAGAGGACUUUGUGCAAUAUUGGUUGUUCUGAACAUUGUCUCUGAUACUGAAGACCUGGGAGCAUUUUAGGGCUAUGAACAAGUGCUGUAUAAUAUGAAUAAAGGAUACUUGAAUAAGGCUUUGAUUGUUGUUCAAACCAAAUGUGAGUUGAACAAAAUGAAAAAUGUGAACCGAGACGACGAUUAUUGCAUUUCUUGAGCAGGGCUGAAUUAAGGUGGCGCAGCUGUGCCAUAGACCUGUAUAUGUUUUGCCAUGCAGUUAUAACUGUUGGAGCUUUCAAAUAUUUUUCUUGUUAUCUAUCCUGUGCCUUAAAAACCUACUAUGUAAUUUUUGCCUUCUUAAUGUUAUUAUUUUGAAUGAUAUGAUGCCUCAUGGCUUUUGAAGAAUAAAUGGUUUCUCUUC